AAAACGUAACGUCAAAACUUGAGCACCCCUCGUGUGUGGUUUGUUUACAAACUUUGCCGUGCACAAAAUUAUAAAAAUAAGAUGAGUUUUAAAGAUUAUAAAGAUAAAAUUGAGGAAGGAGAUACAGCUAUUCUGUAUCUAAGUAAUAGUUUGUACGCCAUAGAUGUGAGACCCGAAAUGAAAAAUAAAAAAGGUGAAAUUGUGGAAAAUGUGUAUCAAACACCUUUUGGUGCUUUGAAAGUGAGAACUCUGAUUGGAGCCAACUAUGGUAGCCGGGUGGAGCUAUCAAAAGGCUGGGGACAUGUAUUACAGCCAACACCCGAGCUAUGGUCAUUGACCCUGCCUCAUCGCACACAAAUUAUUUACACUCCGGAUAUUAGCAUGAUUAUGUUACAACUAGACCUGGUCCCAGGGUCUGUUGUUAUUGAAGCUGGUACAGGCAGUGGGUCACUUACCCAUGCCCUCAUUAGAAGAGUGCGGCCACAUGGCCACGUCCAUACAUUUGACUUCCAUGAGCACAGGAGUAAAAUCGCUCAGCAAGAGUUUGAAGAACAUGGUAUAGCUGAGUUUGUUACUGCAAAACACAGAGAUGUGUUAACUGAUGGUUUUGGCGAGGAGUUGAAUGGUAAAGCUGAUGCAGUUUUCCUGGAUCUACCUAGCCCUUGGAUUGGAGUACCUCAUGCACUCGCUGCUAUCAAGGACCAAGGUGGAAGAUUCUGCUCGUUCUCUCCCUGCAUCGAGCAAGUUCAGAGAACAUGUCUAGCGCUACAAGACUGCGGCUUUCAAGAAAUAUCUACCAUGGAAGUAUUGCAGACUGAAAUCAAGGUCACCAGGAGAACAAUCCCCGUUAGGGAUUUAUCGUUCUUGAAGCAAAAGAGCUCAGUAUCACCAGUGGAGGAGAAGCCUAGCAGUGAAACGAGCUACGUGGUGGGCACGUGGCCACAGAGCACGCCUGGCCACACCGGCUACCUCACCGUCGCCACGCUGCCGCCUCCAUAUGCACGCAGUAAAGUGAAGAAAACGAAAACGGAAAAUGAAGAAGAAAAUGGUGACAAAAUGGCUGUUGAUGAAAGUGUAUAAAACUUGAUUAAUUAAUUAAUUAUUUUUACU